CGAGAUGAAGCGCAAGUCGCGCUCAGACGCCUCGGCAAAAGAUGCUCUGUCGGUCCGCGCCGUGAACGCAGAAAAUUGUUGGGAUAGUUUUGGCUCUUGGGGGAUUUGUACAAAUGAUAACAUUUAAAACGAUACGCAAGUGGAUGAGAUCUCCUUAUGAGGGUUUUCACGAUGUGGACUGUGAGUCUGUGGUACGCAUUCUUUCGUAGCAUGGAUUUUUUUAAUGACCUGAGAGCGGUUUCAAGAAAUAGCAAAUCAAAAAGCGGGGGAUUUCUUACGGCCUUCACCUUGGCUGGUAACUAGCGACCCCUGCUGACUGAGUGCGGGAUUGCGCAUUGGAGUGAGCCUGCCCUGGAUCUGGGGGAGGUGCUACGGGACAGGACAAGGCCAUGGCUGACUCCAUGUAUUCAGACUUGAUAGCCAGGCAUUACAACUUCACUGGGAAGCUGCGGAAAGUGGAACAGGACUCUGGUCUCAAGGCGGACUCUGUGAUCUUCAUAAUCGUGUGCUGCUUUAUCAUCAUGGAGAACAUGCUGGUCCUGAUCACCAUCUGGAGGACCAAGAAGUUCCACAAGCCCACAUACUAUUUCAUUGGCAACCUGGCACUGUCGGACCUGCUGGCCGGGGUGGUGUACACUGCCAACAUCCUGCUCUCGGGGGCCAACACCUACAAACUGACCCCCACGCAGUGGUUCUUCAGGGAAGGCAGCAUGUUUGUGGCCCUGGCCGCCUCCGUGUUCAGCCUCCUGGCCAUCGCCAUCGAGCGGCACCUGACCAUGCUGAAGAUGAAGCUGCACAACAGCGGGAAGACGUACCGCGUCUUCCUGCUGAUCAGCGCCUGCUGGUGCGUGGCGGCCGUGCUGGGCUGCCUGCCCAUCAUGGGCUGGAACUGCAUCGGCGCCAUGCGCAGCUGCUCCACCGUGCUGCCGCUCUACCACAAGACCUACAUCCUCUUCUGCACCACCGUCUUCAGCGUCAUCCUCAUGGCCAUCGUGGUCCUGUACGCCCGCGUCUACGCCUUGGUGCGCACGCGCAGCCGGAAGCUGGUCCUCCACAAGCCGCCGGUGGCCAGCGGCGGCGGGGGCGGCGGGAACGGCCGCGGCGGCAGCAAGAGCUCGGAGAAGUCGCUGGCGCUCCUGAAGACGGUGAUCAUCGUGCUGAGCUGCUUCAUCGCCUGCUGGGCGCCCCUCUUCAUCCUGCUGCUGCUGGACGUGGCGUGCGAGACGGGAGAGUGCGCCAUCCUCUACAAGGCCGAGUGGUUCCUGGCGCUGGCCGUGCUCAACUCGGCCAUGAACCCGCUCAUCUACACCCUCACCAGCAUGGAGAUGCGCCGCGCCUUCCUCCGCACGCUCUCCUGGGGCGGGGUCUGCGCCCGGCCUGCCCUCAAGGUCAAGCGGCCCUUCGUCGCUGCCGAGUUCAGCCGCAGCCCGUCGGACAACUCCUCCCACCCCAACAAGGAGGAGGCGGAGUCGUCGCUCCGGGAGACCGUCGCCUCCUCUGGGAACGUCAACUCCUAGGCUCCUUCCUCCUCCGGCUCACGAGUGCAUG